GAAGAAGAAGAAGAAGAAGAAGAAGAAGAAGAAGAAGAAGAAGAAGAAAAAAAAAAUUGGAAAAAAAGGCGGUGUCGUCCUGAGAUUACUAUGUCUGACCCAGCAACAGAGGAUGAGAUACGCCGUCUCCGGGGCCUACUGAGGCAAAAGGAGGAGCAAGUCCAACAGGCUGCCCAUGCUGGCUUGGAUCUACUUAAUCAGUUAACAGAAAUGCAAACUCGGUUUGAGGAACAGAGAAUAGAGAUGACAAGUGCGCUGGAGGAUCUUAAGCAAGACAAAUAUACGCUGCAAAACGAAGUGGCGCUGAAGACCCGGCUAAUUGAGUCAUUGCAGUCAGAAGUUGACAGUCUGAAGAAACAGCAUCGACAGAACAUUGAUGAUGAAAAGGAAAAACUCGAGAGAAGUCACCGCACGACUCUUCAACAACUCAACAACAAGAUCAUGCAUUUGCAGUCUUCUUUGGAUGAGUCACAGCUGAUUGAGAAACAGCUGAAAGAAAAACUUGACUUACAGACCGAGGUGCUGAAAAAUAAGGUGGAUGAGCUUCGUAUUCUUAAUGAAGAAACUCAAAGUUCAUCAACCUCAGAGUUAAUGGAUCUGCAGAAAAAAGUUCUGGAGUUAGAGAACAUCAAGUUGGAGUUGGAACUGGCACAGAAGGAAACACAAUACAAAGAGCAGCAGCUACAAUUGACCAAUAGCACCCUCCAGCACAAGCUCAAGCAAACCACAGAAGAGAGAAACAAAGAAGCUGCCACCUGGUGUGCAGCAUUAGAGGAAUCUCGUGAGGUGAACCGCGAACUCCAGCUCCAUUUGGAAACGGUUCUACAACAAGCCCAGGAUCCAAAAAGCAAAGGCAAUUCUCUUUUCGCAGAGUUGGAGGAUAAGCGUGCUGAAAUGGAGAAAAAGCUUAUCAGCAUGAAGGUCCAGUACGAGUCACUUCAAGCGCAAUAUGUCUUUAACAAACACCAGUCGCAGCGUAUGAAGGUGCACAUUGCCACCCUUAUGCAGCUCCAAUGCUCAAGGACUGACCCCUCUCAGCUGGACAGACUGCACUCUAAUUUGGUAGAAAAGAAUGACGAGAUACAACAUUUGAAUGCAAAACUAGAGAGACUGGAGAAGAUUGAGGUAUUGCUUAAGACCAAGGGGAGCAAUAUCCCUCCAUCAGAAAUUGGUAAUGGCCACGAUGAAACGUUUUAUACUGACCUGCUGAAAAUGAAACUUGACAAUGCAAUUAAGGAUGUGGAACGUUUAGGAGAAGAACUUUCUCAGCAAAGGAUGAAGUCUUUGUUCGAAAGCCAGAAAGCUCUGGAACUAGAGAGAAAACUCUUCACAAAAGAACGUCUUCUCAAACAGACCCAGUGCGAUAAAAUGAGACUACAGCUUCAAGUGGAAAAGCUACAACACAAAUAUGAACCUAAAAAGGCAACUGAUUUAUCCCAGCCGACCAAGAAAGAGAAAUUACCUGUGGAUACCGUACCAUCAUAUGGAGGAACUACACUUGAUAAGGAGAAGCAAAUUUCAAAGCAAACAGACAUCACUCAUGAGAUGCUACACCGUGAAACAGAUAAACGCCCCACUGGUGAGACAACAUUCCCAAGACAAGGAUUUGACAUGGAGCCUAAAUCAGUCAAGCGAGUGAAGAUCGAUAGGGAUGAUCCUGUUUUGAUCACCAAUCCCAGCUCUCAUGUCACCCGCCCCAAUGUGCUGAUAAAGGAGGACCACCAAAAGCAGGAUGAAACCGAGGAAAGUAAAGAGGGGGACCACCACAAGCCAGAAGAAACGGAAGAACGUGGCAAAAAGCAAAAUUUUGAGAUCAUGCAUGUCCGUGCUGAAAACAGUAUGGCAUCCCAGUGUUCUCAACAGUAGUGUCCUUGUAGAAUACAUGCACACAUGAUCAACACUGAUAUAUAGAUGCAGUCGAAUUAACAUUUUUUAUUGUCUCUUUUUACAAAGAUAGUUGUGCCGCCACAGUUGCAAAAUGCAAAUAAAAGCCGAACAGUCUCUCGAUAUGAAGCAGUACAGCUGCUGUAGAUAAUAAAUGUACUUUUAAAUUAUUACAUCUCUGACACCAUCAGUCAAAUGUGCAAUGUAAUUUGUGAUGCUCUUGUUGUUUAUAGAGUGCACUCACCAAAAACACUUCAGCAUACAGUGUACAAUUUCUGCGAAAAUUUGGAUUUUGGUCGUUGUUUGAAAUUGAGAUUUAAACCUCAUAUAUUGUACUUA